GGAAGGCAGACAGCAGGGAAGAAGGAAAAAGAAAGGUAGCAGGGCCAUGACACUGUAAACUCGCACAGGGCUGGGAGUCAGAACUCCUAGGCUGGUUUCCUGGCUAUUCCACACACACUGAUACCCUGGGACAACAGUGUGAUCCUAGAGAGAAUCACAGAGCUGGAGGGAACCCUGCAGAUCAUUUAUUUUGGCCAUUUAUUUGAUUUGAGAUUGAAGAACCUGAAACUCAAAGUAUGUCUAAUAUGGUUACUUUGCAAUCUGACCCAGCCAUGAUGCCAAUUGCUAGUGUAGACACAACAGCUGUGUGUCUUUUUACAGGAAUCUGGGGAGGGGCCAUGGUGCCAAGCCAGUUGUGGGGGCGACUGAAGAACCUGCUUCUCUUCCUGUGCUGCGCCUCCCUCCUCCUGGGGCUGGUUUUGCUGGGCAUACGGCUGGACAUCGCCCCUGUUGCUUAUUUCUUUCUGACCUUGGGUGGCUUCUUCUUGUUUGCCUGCCUCCUGGUCUGUUUUUUGGAAUGUGGGUUCCAAUCAGUGCAGACCCAGAGCCCGGGGGCCUCAGGCAAUGCACGGGACAAUGAAGCCUUUGAAGUGCCAACCUAUUUAGAGUCCGUGGUGUUAGAAUCACACCCCCAAGAGUUGGAUCAACCACCCCCCUACAGCAGUGUUGUAAUCCCCCCAGGACUUGAGGAGGGACAGUCUAGCCAUCCAGAUGGGCCCAUGAGAGCCAGACUGGAAAGGCGAGUGGGCUCAGAGGGGUCCAUAAUCACAAGAAGCCCUGGAAGAGCUCCACUCAACCUUCGGCUUCGGGGAACACGAGUCGUGUCCACUGUUCCUGAUCUGCAGAGCUUGGGGACCCUACAGAAGCUCCCCAGAUUGGAGCCUCUUACUCCACCCCCUGCCUAUGAUGUCAGCUUUGGUCACCCUGAUGAUGAUAAUGUUUUCUAUGAAGACAACUGGACACCCCCCUAAAAGACUUUCCCAGGAUAUAUCAGCUCUCUGCACCAGACCCACUCAUUCAUUUGACCAAUAUUUCCCAGUGCCUGCCACGUGUCAGGAACUGUGUUUCCGCCUGGACAUCACAAAUGGGGACUUUAACCCAGAGGGGAGUCAGGCUAUGGUAAGUCCUUCCCAGUUGAGAUGUAGGUGGUACAAUUUGAGUCUUCAGGCAACAUUCAGUGACCUACUCCAUGUCCUCUAUUUCCAGAGUUAGAUUGAGGGUGAAAUGAAGAGGUGAUCCAGAGAACCUGGAGGAGGAAGAAAAGAAACAAUAUCUGAGAGACAGCCAUGUUGCUUCUGUUUUGGGUGCACUGCCUCUAUUAGAUCACUUAGGCUUCUUGGCCUUGUAAAGUAUUAUUACCCUUAUCUGAAAAAUGAGGAUUCCAAGGGUAAGAGAAGUCUGAUAAUUUGCACAGGCGCACACUUCUAGUAAAUAGCAUAAAAAUGACUUGAACUCUGCUCUUCCGAUCCCAAAAUCCAUUGUGUUUUCAAUACAAGGUAACAGAAGCCUCUCAAUCUCUGUCUUGGACAGUUGCUGGUGAGGGGUGUAAAACUUCACAUAGACAUAAUGGGGGACCAGUUGUGUCCACAGAAAGGGUGGGCUGAGUGUGACCAGGAAUGCGCCCAGCCCCCUAGAGAAGCAAAGCUAAUCAAAGUUGUGAUAGCCCCUGCUCCACUGGGGAGCAGUCCCCAAUGCAGUAUCCCCAUCCUAUCGGAAAGCAGUGGAGUAAACUGCCCCAGGGGAUGUUGAGAAUGGGUGGGUAGGUGGGUCAGAAAGAAAAAACGUCAGCAUCUGGGCGACGGGUGGCAGAGUAUCUAAGGAUCCCUCUUCAAUCACCUAUUGUGAAGAGCUGGAGCCACUUGCACUGUGCCUCGAAUCACUUCAGCCUCACCCAUGCGCUCCGACCGCUAGGGUUUUACCCCGACGCCCCGCCCUACUUCCCAGUUAGAACAUCAGAUCCCAACAGAACACCAGAUAUUCUUGAGUCAUGUGCUGUGGCUGUGAUGUAGGUUUUAGCCACUGGGUGCUGCUCAACCAUCGCUGAUCCACCCUCCUCGGGGUGCGCUCCCCUCUCCGGCCUUCAUUCAUCGCGCGGGGAUCUGUCUAGCGCCGUUUAGUGUCUCCACCGUCUCCUCACCCCGCUGCCAACCGUUCAACUUCAAUAAAGUGAAAAGUCCGACCACA